AUGGACACGACACCUCCACAAGAACGUGAACCGAAGCAUGAAGUGAAUUCCCCAAUGAACAGGGCUUCGCAACGUCAGGCCCAGAAUUCGGUGCAUCCUCCUGCUGCAGCCGUUGUAGGUCCGCGCGCCGCUGCAGCAGCAGCCCCUGCAACACAACUCGCGACCUCGCAAGGACCACAGCUGAAAGGCGCUGAACAAACUUCAACUACGGUUCCUCAGCCGAUGGCAGCGGCACCUGCAGCAGCGGCACCACCGGCAGCAGCAGGAGUUGGUGGUGGUCGGAAACGUGGCAGACAGCCAGGCUCGAAAAAUAAGCCGAAAACAGAUGCAGCACAGUCCGGUGCAGCAGCACCACCAGAUAUUGUUGUGAGCAUAAUCGAAUCGAGAGAGCAGCUACCGGGUUUCAAUCCGGAAGAAAUUGAAAUCGAUUUUGAAACCCUGAAGCCAACGACAUUGCGCGAAUUGGAAGCAUUUGUUGCUGCAUGUUUGAAGAAAAAAGCGCGAAAGCCCUACAUGCCGAAGUCACAGAAAGAUGUGGAAAAUAAGAAGCGUGAAUUGGAAGAGAAAAUUAAAGGUUUGGGUGGAACAGUGGCUUCUUCUGCGCCAGCACAGAAUGGUGCACGAGCAAAACCGCCACAUAAAGUGGAAGAACUGUCUUCCUCGGAAUCGUCUUCCAGCGAAGAUGACUCGUCCUCUGAUUCGUCAUCUUCUGAAUCAUCGGACAGUGAGUCAGGUUAG